AUGUUGACGGCAUACUAUGUGCUCAUUUAUCCCCACUUAGCAUACGCCGUUCCUAUAUGGGGAUUGAGCAAGUACAUGAAGAACUCAAACAAGGAUGAGAACUCCCUGUAUUUCCAGCAGGCCGUGUAUGAGGUUGAGGUAGAAGAGAACGUCAAACCUCACUAUACAGUGAUCAGAAUCACAGUAGAGAGCCAUGAUACUUUUCCUGACAUCAAGUACGAGAUUUCAAGUGGGAACAUUGGAUCCGUGUUUGGGGUGGAAUCCAACAAUGGCAAUAUAUAUGUUGAAGAAGCUCUUGACUAUGAAACAAGGCAAAAGUACGAAUUAAUAUAUUCUGCAACAGCAAAGCAGACGACGAGUUUUACAACUGUGAUAAUUUAUGUGAAAGACGUCAACGACAAUCCUCCGGUCUUCGAAAAAUCCGUUUAUACUGCGGAUAUCACUGAAGAGGAUGGGAGAAACCUUCCCAGAAAAAUACUACAGGUAGAGGCGGUGGAUGGUGACACGUUUCAACCGACCAACAUUGUCUAUUUCCUGGCAGGCCAGGGUAUAGACUCUGACGACCCUGCAACCGGCAACUUUGCCAUUGACAAGGGUAGUGGGGAGAUAUUCGUCUUAAAGCCGCUAGACCGUGAUCCUCCUCUAGGCCGGCCCCAGUGGAGGUUCACAGUGUUUGCUCAGGACGAAGAAGGCAAAGGACUCGUUGGGUUCGCAGAUGUCCAGGUCAAUCUUCAGGAUAUCAACGAUAACGCUCCUCAUUUCUCACAGUCCGAGUACAUUGGAAACGUCACGGAGAACAGUCCUAAGGGAGUAUUGGUCAUCAAAAUCGAUGCAGAAGACAGCGACGAUCCAUUCGAAAAUGGUAACGCAAAGAUAAAAUAUUCUAUUGAAAAGAACGCCAUUGAAGAAGGAACCGGGCUGCCAAUCUUUGAAAUCCAACCGAACACUGGCGAAAUAAAGACACUUAUCUGCUGCCUCGAUAGAGAGAAAACGUCUGACUAUUCAAUACAAGUAAUAGCAACCGAUGGGGCUGGUUUGAAAGGAACAGGUACCGUUACUAUCAGAGUACUGGAUAUCAACGACUCAGUGCCUGUGUUCACCAAGGAUGAGUGGGUGACGGAGGUAGAGGAGACAGUGGGUGACGUUAAGCCAGACAACGUCACACCAGUGUUAACAGUGGCCGUGCGUGACGGUGACGAGAAUAACCGCUUUGUAUACAAGGUGGUGGAUAAGAGCGGGUACGGCGCGGAGAAGUUCUCCAUGAUAGGAAACGUAGACGGUACAGGCUCACUCGUAGUUGUGCAGCCUUUGGACUAUGAGGACCCUCUGCAGCGGAAUGGCUUCAGGUUCCAGAUACAAGUAGUGGAUGAGGACGACCACUCGCCUCCAGGUUCCAGCCACACAGCGUUGUCGUGGGUGGUUGUCAAGCUAGUGGAUGUCAAUGACAACGCACCACAGUUCGACAACCCUCACCCAACAUUGACCGUGUACGAGGAUAUCCCCACAGGAACUGUCCUAGAUCAGCUGAGGGCUAAGGAUGUGGACCACAGUGGAAGAAGCAACAUCCGGUUCGUAAUUGACCGUUCUUCCGACCGGAACAGGCAGUUUCACGUUAGCCAGGAUGGGAGGCUAAGCGUGCAUAGAUCGUUGGACAGGGAGACAAAUUCCAUUCAUCAGAUAAAGGUACUCGCGGUGGACGAUGGCUACCCACCACAGACAGGGUCCGUCACAGUCACUGUGUUAGUGGAGGAUGUCAACGACAACGCUCCAAGAUUCAUGGAGGAGUACAGACCCGUGGUAGCCGAGAACGACAAGCCGAGAGAGAUACUCAAGGUGUUCGCCAUCGAUCCAGAUGAUCCAAUAAAAGGAAACGGUCCACCGUUCACUUUCUUUCUGGAUCCUCGAGCUAACGAGACGAUCAAAUCUUCCUUCAGAGUGGUACAAGAGAAAGGAUAUGAAGAUAUGGCCAAAGUCGUGUCGUUAGUUACAUUUGACAGAGAGAAGCAGAAGCAAUAUUUUGUUCCGAUUGUGAUUUGCGACUCUGGACAACCUGUAAAAAGCAGCACCAACACUCUGACUGUGGUAGUGGGGGAUAUCAACGAUAACCCGAUGUAUCCAGGCUCCAUGGAGGUGCAGGCAUACGUGUACAGGGUACAAAACAUGGACAUUCCAAUUGGGAGAGUCUUCGUAGAAGAUCUUGACGACUGGGAUCUGCCUGAUAAGAAGUUUCGAUGGGAUUUGAAAGAAAGCCACAGGUUCAAGCUAAACGAAGAAACAGGAGAGUUGACAAUGAGGUCUGGGACUCACAGAGGUCUUUACAGCCUACACUUUAAAGUUCAGGACAGAAAACACAACCAGAAUAACGUAAAGGCCCAUGUCAGAGUCAGAGUUAGGGACUUGUCGUAUAACUCAAUCACAAACUCUGGGUCUUUGAGAUUGAGUGGGAUAUCGGCUGUGGAUCUGGUGAAGAAGCGGAACGGUGGAAGCAAACUCUCUAUGUUACAAACAAAGUUAGCGGAAGUUUUGAAAGUAGACGAGGGACACGUCUCUAUCUUCAGUGUUCAGCAAGUUCUCGCACACCCUCCUCUAACGGACGUCCGGUUCGCCGUUACUAACUUGAAGCGUGAAGUGGUAGACGGGCUGGUUAUGCUGCAUACAAACUUGAUAGAAGAAGCAGUGAAGCUGAACAUCACUAUGGUGGGAGUGGACGAGUGUGUUGAUGAGCGGCGUCAUUGCGAGGGUAGUUGCACGUCACGACUGGAGGUGGGGGGAUCAUCUCUAGUCAACGCCAACACCACAGUGCUGGCUGGGGUGAGAGUUGUAGCGGUGGCCGAGUGCCUCUGUGGAGCAUUGGACUAUAGUCGCCCUGAGACAUGCAGAUCUCGUCCAUGUUUCAACGGUGGUCGCUGUAUAGAAGGCCGAUAUGGAAUCAGUUGUUCGUGUCCUAGCGGUUUCAAAGGACCCAGAUGUCAGAAGACGUCUCGCACAUUCCACGGUGCAGGCUGGGCUUGGUAUCCUCCCUUGAGUGUCUGUGAAAACUCCCACCUCUCCUUUGAAUUCUUGGCUAGAAAGGCAGAUGGUCAGUUGAUCUACAACGGUCCAGUAGGGCCUCCUAAGCCUGGAGGAGCUACGAACUCAGAUUUCCUAUCAGUGGAGUUGGUAGACGGGUAUCCGCGGUUGCUGAUGGACUACGGUUCAGGGACUCUAGAGCUCAACCUGACAACAGAAACAAGACUGAACGACACCACCUGGCAUCGACUGGACGUUCGAUGGACGUCAGAGACGGUAGAGCUGGUGGUGGACCGAUGUCUAGGGGUAGCAGGUCUAAGGGAGGCCAGCAGUUGUCGUGUAAAGGGUGCGAUGCCUCCCUUCAGUGAGUUGCUCAACCUCCAGACGCCUCUGCAGCUUGGAGGACGCCACAUCGCUGACGCACUGACACCUUCGUCGUACCGCUGGAACCAUGUGCCUUAUGGGAAAUUUUUUGAUGGCUGCAUCAGAAACCUCAUGUGUAAUAGUAAGCUGUACGACUUGGCGGGCAGCGGACUGACCCAGGGUAGCGAGGCUGGCUGUCCCGGUCUCUGUUCCCCCGAGUGUGAAGUCCACGGAGAUUGUGGGGGCAGUGCGAGAGAGCCCCGCUGCAAUUGCUCCCCCGGCUACCAAGGCCCCCACUGCACCACCCCCACCCAGCCUGUCACUCUGGAGCCCCACAGCUACAUCAAGUACUCCCUCAACUACGAACCUGACCUGCAUGUGACGGAGGUCCAGCUCAGGUUCCGCACCAGAGAGGAGUCUGGAGAGUUGUUCCGUCUGGGGGACCAGCGAGCUGACCAAUAUGCGGUAUUAGAGAUCGUCGAAAGCCGGCUAAAAUUUCGCUACAAGCUGAGUGACUCUUCUAAAGCUGAUCUACGGAUCUCUGCUCUAAGGAUAAACGACGGCCAAUGGCAUAACGUGAAGGUUAUUCGAGUGGGAGCAUCAGUCAGCUUGGAGCUAGACGGUGGUGAAGGGAGGAGGGGUAACAGAACGACAGACUGGGACUCUCGACUACAGCUGGUGGUGGAUACUGAGGAGGGCGUGUACCUUGGAGGUAGACCUGAGUAUACGGAGAUUGGGAUCAUCGCUGUGGAGCACGACUACCAGGAAGGUUGUAUUGACGAUGUGCGGCUGAACGGUCGCCCACUCCCACUGCCGCCCGUGUCUAACAGCACGGUGUGGGCCGCCGCCCUGGUCGCCCAGAACACCGCCCUGGGCUGUCCCACGGACAAGCUGUGCUCCACGGCGAUGUGCCGCGGGGCCGCCCACUGCACUCCCAACGACCCCUGGAACACCAACCGCUGCUUUUGUGGAGAAGGCAACGUGCUCACGCCCGACGGUAAACUUUGCGUCCCAAGCAACGACUGCUGGGUGAAACCCUGUUUGAACAGUGGAGUCUGCCAGGAGGUAGACAACAGACAACAAUACCGCUGUGUGUGUCCAGACAACUACUGGGGAGACCAGUGUGAGCUGGCCCAGGACAGACACACUCUCAGGCUGGGAAUAGGAGCAUUCGCUACCGUACUGAGCUGUAUACUGGUGUUGCUGUUAGACAGCUACUGGGGAGACCAGUGUGAGCUGGCCCAGGACAGACACACUCUCAGACUGGGAAUAGGAGCAUUCGCUACCGUACUGAGCUGUAUACUGGUGCUGCUGUUAGACAGCUACUGGGGAGACCAGUGUGAGCUGGCCCAGGACAGACACACUCUCAGGCUGGGAAUAGGAGCAUUCGCUACCGUACUGAGCUGUAUACUGGUGCUGCUGUUAGGACAACAGUACCAUUGUGUGUGUCCAGACAGCUACUGGGGAGACCAGUGUGAGCUGGCCCAGGACAGACACACUCUCAGGCUGGGAAUAGGAGCCUUCGCCACCGUACUGAGCUGUAUACUGGUGCUGCUGUUAGUCGUCCUUCUGAUGCUUGUGGUGUACAACAGACGUAGAGUACACGGAGACAAGAAGGACAUUGAAUGUGACGUCAGAGAGAACAUUAUAAAGUACAACGAUGAGGGUGGAGGAGCAGACGACAUGACGGCCAUGACACUGACAAUGUCUGCAGGUGGCGACGUGUCCUGUCAUACUCUGGUGGAGGAUACAGUUUCAGAGACUUCGUUUAUAGAUCUGACGAGAAAAAGUCGGCCAAAUCGAACAGAAGAGUUAACCAUGUUCUCCCCCUGCAAAGACGAAGUUCACAUUUACACUUUUGAGGGAGGUGGAAGUAUCAAAAGUUCACUAUCCUCAUUGUCAAUAGGUGAUAAGUGA